AUGGCGGACAAGGAGAAGAUCAUCAACAUAGACAUAGAGGAAGGAGAGCCGCUUGGUGCCACGCCGAACGACAAGCUCAUCAUCGUCCGUGUCCAAGCCGGUACCCUCGCCGAAGACAAGCUCAAAGUCGGUUUUUUUUUGUAUUCUUUUAUUUUUUCUUGUUUGGUCGGUAUUAUUUUAGUUUUUUUGUCAUUUGACAAAAGCUUUUGUUGGGCUUUAUCAUAUUUUACCAAUUAUGUUGCUCAUUCUAGUAACAGAUUUUUAUUCCUUUGUCUUUUAUAUUAUUUUAGCCACCUUUUCAAUCGCUUUAUUUCAGGUUGGAGAUCAAAUCGUGAAGAUCAACGAUACCACAAUCCGCGACACGAACCACUUCUUCCAGCUGCUGCGUUUUGCUCCACCAUGCGCCCGGCUUCAAAUCAUUCGUGAUGAGAACAAGGCGGCCGAACUCGAAGCCAAGGUCCACAUUCCACCAGAGCGCGCCAAGUUCAUUCAACGUCGUGAUGGAUUCGAAUACUUCGUAAGUUGUUUUAGUUCUUUGUCUGUUGUCUUUAGGUUGUUUUACUUAUUGUAGGUAGAAAUUACAUUAUCUUUUAUAUAGUUUGUUGUUUUAAGGCUCUAGUAUACCUUGAUAUUGUCUAUUACACGUUUUACUUUAUAAAAUAUUGACCUUUUUCAAACAUAUAUUGUUCACUAUAAUAUAUUUUUCAAUUUUAAAUCUUAUUUUAUACCAUCUAGACCAAUUGACUCAUAUAUUAUCUAAUCUCUUCAUUUUCAGUUGGUGAAGAUUGAAUGGAAACCCGGAGGUCCCAAGCUUGGUCUCGGAAUUCGUCAUUACCAGAAUCGUGUGUUGGUGUCACGUUGUGACCCCAACUCGUUGGCGUCAUCCCAGAUGAAGGUUGGUGAUCACGUGAUCGACAUUGACGGAAAGCCGGUCACAGACAAGGAUGUGGCCAGGGAGUUCUUGUUGAAGUCGCUCCAAAGCCAGGGCUUUGCCACGAUGGUGGUGGAGAGACCCGAGUCGAUGGAAGCCAAGCACUGGACUCAACAGGCACUGCAGGCCAACCCGGCCCAGCCUCCAUCUGUGGCCAUGAACUCGGACGUGCGCGAAAUCGCGGCCAAGGAGCGGGCCAAGUUAAAGGAGAAGCAGCCAGUAAGUUUUUGAGUUUUAAGUUUAAUUGAUUUUUUUCUUUAAAAACAGUUUACAUUAGGUUUUCAUACCUAAAGAAUUAAUUUGCUUUACCACUUAAGGCAAAAGCUAAUUCUUUAGGUAACAACCUAAUAAUAAAGAUAUUGAAAUGCCAUUUUUCGUUAAUAUAGCUUCCAGUACCAUACUAAUGUUAAAAUUUCAGCCAAAAAAGGGAAUCUUAGGCCGUGCGACCGGAAACAAGCGUGUCCAGAUCACGGACAAGAUUGGAGAACAUGUCAUCGCUUCCGACAACGAAGGCAAGAAUCUCCGCUCAGUCAGGAAAUAG